GAGCAAAAGAAACACUGGUUUGUUUUGUUUUUAAGGUUUUGCUGUUAAAUUCAGAAGGAAAAUGGAUCUGUGGAGGUGUUCUCCUGAAAACUAACUUUGUAUUGACUACAGCUGAAUGUGCUGUGCUGUCUCCUGUUAGUGUUGUGGUUGGAAUCAAUCAGCUGCAAGGACUGAAUCAAGUAAUACCAGUGAAAGAGUCAAAUAUACACCUCCGUUAUGACAACACCACUGGCGAGAACAACCUGGCUCUGCUUGAGCUGAGCAGCCAAAUUGACUGCGACAGGAACCAUCUACCCAUAUGCAUCCCAGAAAGGGAUUUUGCAGAGCACGUGUUGAUUUCACAAAUGGAAGGUAGUCUUAGUGGCUGGAAUGCAAACAGAAGUUACCUGACACCUUCCCUUGUACGGCGGCCUAUUUCCUACCUCAGUGAGAAUGAUUGCAAGCAAAUUCUCAACAGAAAUCUGAUAACAAGGGAAUUCUGUGGCCACAGUCACGGGCAAGCCAAGGAGAUGCUUGUGGGAGGAAGUUUUAUUGCCGUUCCCUAUAAAGGCACAUGGUUUCUCACUGGAGUUUUAGAACCAUGGGCAACCGAAACAGUUAACUGGAAAACAUUUAUAUUUACCAAGACCUCAAGAUACAUGAUGUGGUUUAAACGAAUAAUGGGAUUUUAAAACAUAAAAACAAUAUAUAUAUAUAUAUAUAUAAAAUGAGUAUCUAGCGUAUAACAUAUUCAAGUUUGAGCCACUAUUGUAAAUAUGAUGUAUGCCUAUCUAUGAAACUAAAACUUUUUGCCUUCUAUGAACAAAGCAAUGAUUCACUUUCAUUUGCCUCUGUGGAAAGAUUUCAUAGAACAUCUGGAGAUAGAAUCAGUAUUUGUUCCCAGUAUAAACCAAUUAUUAAAGUACCAAUUUCACUGAUUGUGAGAUUUGGUAUUAAAUCUGACUAUCUUUUCCCAGUAAUGUGCAUUCUCUUCAGGAGAAUAGUUUCUGAGAUCACUCUUUCUAAUAUAUAAACAUUAAGAAAUGCAAAGGAGAAAAUCUAGCACAAUGACAUAAAGAAGAAUUUUAUAUAUUACACUACUGUAAACUAAAUUCAUUGUAUGAGCCCUGCUGAUAAUUGCUUAAUGACACGCUUGAUAGAUCUAAAUUGCCUUAUAGGUACUGAAGUCAUAUUAACAACACAAUAGUCAGUCUCACUGAAAGUGCCCUAAAUUUACAAUUAAAUGGC